UCUCUGCUUGCUCACAGGGAAGUCACACAGGGAACGCUGAGGGCUUUAAGAUCAGCUCUCUGCUGAAGCUGACUGAGACUAAGGCCAACAAGAGCCGCAUUACCCUACUCCAUCACAUUCUGGAGGAGACAGAGCUGAACCACCCAGAGCUGUUGAACCUUCCUGACGACAUUGAGAUUUGUGAAAAGGCAGCUGGAGUCAACCUUGACUCCAUUCAGGCAGAAGCCAGUGCCUUAGUAAAACGACUGAAAGAAGCGGCAAAGAAAGUCACCAACUCUGUGGACGAUGUAAAGGAGCAGUUCGAAAAGGUCGUUGAGGAAAACCUGGAGGCCUGCCUGGAUUUGGAAAAGCGGUUUGCAGAGAUUGUGAGGAAGAAGGGUGACCUGGCACUCUACCUGUGUGAGGAUGCAAACCAACUCUCCCUGGAAGAGCUCUUCGGCACCAUUAAGACCUUCAGGGGGCUUUUCAUCAAAGCCUUAAAGGAAAACAAGAGCAGAAAAGAGCAGGCUGUGAAGGCGGAGAAAAGGAAGAAGCAGCUUGAGGAGGAGGAAUCCAAGAGACAGAAGGGGGAGAACGGAAAAAUAAUCCGGAAAGGACCCCCGCCACAGGACGAUGGCUGUAUUAUCGACCACCUCCUUAAUGAUAUCCGGAAAGGCUUUCAUCUCAGGAAGACCCGGCCCAGGUGCGAAACGGAUAGCCCCCUCUCUUGUGAAAUGAAUAGGGAUACGGGCCAGCCUGGAUCAAGUGUCAAGCCUGUAAAAGAAGAUGUCGAAGCCUCGGUCUCAGAAGUCUCCAGCACUCCCAUUCCCACCCAACCCCAGGCAGAAGAGAGGGCACCAAGAGAAGGAGUGAACGGAUUCCCCAGCAUACCCAAAGAAAUAUACCCCCAAAAAACAGCUUUGUCAAAGACUAACCGGCUCCCAGCUGAAUCCCAGGAUGGAGGGGAGCCUCUGCGAAGCCUCCCCACAGACAAUUCGCCACCUCCGGCAAUACUAGGAAUGGAUGUCCUAAAUAACACCCCAAGCCCCUCUACCUUCACAGACCUGGCUGAAAUCAACCAGAAUGUCAACAGUGGCCUGGUGACGGAGGAAUUGAUGCCUGAGUGCUCACAGAGCAAUGGAGAGGGUCAACUUAAUGGAGCCUGCACACUGGCUGUCGCUGAUAUGGACAUGAUUAUAGAGGGCAAGCUGAUGGGAAAAACCAUUGGCCAAGAUGACAUUGAAGGUGAGAGCAGCAGCAUGAUGGUAAAGACUCUUAGACCAGUUGAGACUGGGGAUGACAUGGUGGUAAAGAUGGUGGCACAGGAUAAGGGUGUAACUAAUGGACAACAAGACACCAAUGGCAACACAGACACCAAUGGCAACAAGUGUUUGGUCAGUGCGGUGCAAAGCGUUGGAGUGGACUCUAAAGAUCUGCUCUCAUCGGUAUCCGAAGCUCUGCCGCCUUUUGAGUCAGGGCCCCUAAUACCAGAGGAUAAAAAACAGCAGAAGCUCUUUAGAAGAAACAAAAAUAAGAGUAAUGAAGGUAAUGUAUUAAUUCAUUCUAAUAAAGAUGUUUGGAACUGUGGUCUCCUGACGUGUAUGAAAGGGAGAUGUUGUCCCCUUUUUUUAUGUGGUUUUAUUGCAUUUUACUUUUUAUAUAGUGUCUGAUCAUUUGGUGCUGUUUUUAAAAGUUAAGUUUUAGCAUGAAUGUACUGUUUUUGGAAACCGAUCUUAAAAGCUUCCCAUUUACAUCUUAUUGAGUCCUUUCAUGAUCAAAUAGUUUGUUUUUCGUGUUUGUUUUUUUCUUUGACUCUCUAAAGCACAAGGUAACACUGGAAAGCGACACCCUAAAUGUAAAAAGGGGUGUGUGUUGCAGUGAGGUAGGUCAAACGACUGGAUGGAAAACUAACUGGUGCAAGAGGGACAUUUUUAUUCAACCCAUAAUUUCAAUUAACAGACGUGCGUCAGUCUAACCAGGAUCUGGUUUAAUCUGAUUGUGUCUUGUCCUGCUAUUAACACUGUCCUCUUCAGUAAAAAUCUUUAAAAUCCCCGGUAAACCACUUUGUCUGGCAUUUUGGCUGCUACUUUAUGCCCUUUUGUCAGCCUGAAUCUUAUAUCUUGACAAGUCUUAAAAUCAACCUGACACCUCAUAAACGCCACAGUUGAAUAUUUAUCAUUUAUAUCAAAGUACACUUCAAUGUCAUACCUCAGUAGGAAGAACUUGCUUAGCAUUUCUGCUCUGUGUGUAAUCUUUUUGAAGGAGUUUCUUUGUUUCCUGUACCUCCGUACCCAUAUGUUGUUGAACUGCCCAACCUCACAACAACCUAAACAGCUAAAUGGAUUAUUUAACCUACUAACACAAUUACUUUUUUUGUGCUUCCUGUAAACUGUGUCGUUUUGUAAGUCUGUCUUUGCUGAAAGAUGUUUUAAUUUAAAUUAAUUUUGUGCUUUAAUGAUCUAGAGAUUGAUGCAACCAGUAGCACUAUGAGAUUAUUUUGGAAAUGAAAUGGCAUAAGAAACAUAAUAAAAGUCCAUUCUCACCCCU